GUCAUGGGUGACAAGGGAACAGGCAACCAUUCAGAUGUAACUGAUUUCGUUCUUGAAGGCUUCAGGGUCCGCCCAGAGUUCUACAUUCUCCUCUUCUUCCUGUUCCUGCUGGUCUAUAGCAUGAUUCUUUUGGGGAACAUUAGUGUGAUGACAAUCAUUGUAACUGACUCCCAGCUGCACACACCAAUGUAUUUUUUUCUAGGCAACCUCUCCUUCAUUGACGUCUCCUACUCCACUGUUAUUGCUCCUAAAGCCAUGGCCAACUUCGUAUCUGAAAAAAAGACAGUCUCUUUUGCAGGUUGUGUUGCCCAAUUAUUCCUUUUUGCCCUGUUCAUUGUAACAGAGGGGUUUGUCCUGGCAGCCAUGGCCUAUGACCGCUUCAGUGCCAUCUGCAAUCCUCUUCUUUAUAGUGUUCACAUGUCAAGACGCCUCUGCACUCAAUUGGUUGCUGGUUCUUAUUUCUGUGGCUGGGUCAGUUCCAUCCUCCAAGUCAGUGUAACAUUCUCAGUGUCCUGUGCUUCCAGAGUCAUUGAUCACUUCUACUGUGAUUCUUACCAAAAUGAAAAGAUUUCCUGUUCUAAUCUCUUUGUCAAUAAGAUGGUAUCUCUGAGUUUGAGUGUCAUCAUUAUUUUGCCUACAAUUGUUGUUAUUAUAGUAUCUUACCUGUAUAUUGUAUCCUCAGUCUUGUAG